AUGUUGCAAUUUAGACCAAGAGCCAAGCCUUCGCCAUUGUCCUUUUACAGGGACAUACCAGGAGGGAACUAUGGGCUUAGCAAUAACAGAUCUUUUAAUUCGAGAGAUUCGAAUUUCCAGUGGAAGACGGAAGCUAGUUUUAUAUACUACAUUGAAGAUGAAGAUGAUGAUGUAGAGGAGCAAAAAUGGUCAGAAAGAGAAGAGCAAAGGUUGGAUUUAUGGAAGAGUCAAUGUCUUGCAGCACAACUAGACCGUAGUAACUAUGAAGAUUAUGCAGAAAGCCCCCCUUUUUUACCCUCUUUUUUCGUAAAUAAGAAGAAAGAUUUGCUGAGCAUCAAUGUGGGUGGAACAAGCUAUCAAAUCUCCUACAUGGUGGCAGCCAGUUAUCCCAAAACUCGGAUAGGUCGCUUGGCUACAUAUACAGAUCGUCAGCGAAAGCUAGAUCUCUGCGAUGACUACAAUCCAAGAGAAGAUGUCUAUUUCUUUGACCGUGACCCCGCUGUAUUUCACCACAUUUAUAACUUCUAUCGUACUGGAGUUUUAUGGAUAAGGGAUGAGCUGUGUCCCAGAAGUUUCCUGGAGGAGAUCAACUACUGGGGAAUAAGAAUUAAACACACUCCCCGCUGUUGUCGAAUUUUAUUUGAAGAGAGACAGGAUGAGUUAAACGAGCAACUGAAGGUGCAGAGAGAGCUCAGAGCUGAGAUGGAGACAGAGGAAAAUGAGGAGUUCUUCAGAGGAAUGCUGUGUGGGAAUCUAAGGCGUCGAAUAUGGAAUCUGAUGGAGAAACCAUUUUCAUCAAUCACAGCCAAGGCAAUGGCAGUAGCAUCCAGUUUCUUUGUCCUUAUAUCCGUUGUGGCCAUGACUCUUAACACCGUUGAAGACAUGCAGUAUAAGAAUGCUUCUGGUCACCCCACUGGAAGGCCCUAUCUGGAACAUGUAGAGACCCUAUGUAUUGCCUUUUUUACUCUGGAGUAUAUACUAAGACUCAUCUCCACUCCCGACCCACAACGCUUUGUGCGCAGCGCCCUUAAUGCUGUGGACCUGAUUGCCAUUUUACCGCUCUAUUUACAGCUGCUUCUUGAGAAGUUUACUGAUGAAGACCAAAAUGGAAAACGUUCUAGUCAUGAACAAGAGAUUGAAGCAGUGGGUAGGGUUGGAAAACUAGGACAAGUGCUAAGAAUUAUGAGGCUCAUGCGUAUUUUCCGGAUCCUAAAAUUAGCACGUCAUUCUACUGGGCUUCGAGCAUUUGGCUUCACUCUUCGCCAGUGUUAUCAGCAGGUGGGAUGUCUGCUCCUUUUUAUUGCCAUGGGAAUUUUCUCUUUUUCGGCAAUGGUGUAUACAGUGGAGCAUGAUGUCUCUGGCACCAACUUUACCAGCAUCCCUCAUGCAUGGUGGUGGGCAGCAGUAAGUGUCAAGAUUUUAGUGAAACAAAUAACAGAGAAUAAACACUCCAAGUGUGUGGCUGGGUACAAACUCAUGAGCUUACCUAACACCUCCAAAACAGCAAAAUUCAGUAAUAAGAGUUGCAACACAAAAAAAACAAACCCACUCUGGUGGAAUAUACUUUCUUUCAAGUAUCAUUUGGUGCCGCGAACUCUUAUGAUAUUUUGCUGUAUCUUUAGGUAAUAGUUGCACAAAAAUAUCUGUAGUAUUAGACUGACAAUUGCGCAGUAAUACCCUUUAAUUUUGUUUUUAUUUUGUUUAGCACUUCCUAAUUCAGUUUUGUCUUUAAAUGGGCGUUUAAAUAAAAUAUAAAUUGAGCUUAUAUUAGCACAAAUUUACUUUUAACAUAUCUGACUCAGAUUUUAAUUUAUCCAUCUUUUCCGUGAAAAGUGCAAAGCCUUGCAUAAAUGCAUUUCCAUUUCAUUUUGAAGCCUAUGUUCUCUUCUGUCUUACAAUGAAGGUGGGUGGAGGCAUAUGCUUUUAACCCACCUUCAAUUGUGUUCUAUACAAUAAACUUUACCUCCUGCAGCCUUCAUAGACACUUGUUGGUAUGCAUUGUCUUUGAGAUUUAAUAUAAUCAGAUUAUACAUAAUGAGUUUGUAUGUUUAUAGUGGUUAUUAUGAAGAACAAGUAUGUGGCAAAGUUUUCAAAUUAGAGCAAUCACCAUGGAAACCCACUGAAUGUUUUGCUUGUUGCUCCAUAUUUAGCAUAUUACCCCAGAAUUGCUCUGAGUUGUUACAACAUUUAAAAGUGUUAGACUGUUCCAGGUGGUCAAUAUUUGUUUGAAUUCUGUUGUUGUCUAAUCUAUAUCUUCUAAUCUUCUAAACAAAAAGCCACAGUGCCUCACAUAAUGGACCUCAAUUGACUCUUAUAGUACUAUUGGAACUAUAGCAACAGUAACCAUGUACCUCUCAAUAACUGCAUAACUCCAUGUUACAACUGGAGUUAUGCAAAGAUUGCUAAAUACCUUAAGAUAAUAGAUUACUGAAUACAAAGUGCCCUACUUUCGGCCAUUCUUAAUGGAAAAAAAUCCCUUUCUCUCUUUUCUUGGGGCAUAGUAUGUUCACUUUAAUAAGUGGAAUUGUACAUUGAUAAGAAAAAAAACAUGAUUAAACAUUUGCAUUUAUGUUAAUGUGCAUAUUUAACCUCAAUUGACCCUGUUCUGAAUGACAUAAGUAGCUCUCAAUAAUAAGUAAGUUAUUAAAAAUUCCUAAAUAGUCUAAAACAACUAUAAUGUAUAUUAUAGGCUUUUUUUAAAAAAAGAUUAAUCUAAAUCUAAAAGAUUAGAGUGAUUAGAGAAAGACUGAUAUUUUUGCAACAAAAUAUAAAAAUACAAGUCUUUAUUUUUCUGUUCAGUGCAUAUUAGAUAGUUCUUCAAACUUUCAUGCCAACUGAGCUUGUCAUAAGCAAGAAACAUACACAUUUUAAAGGGUCGUUUUCCACAUGAUCAUACAGGAACACACUAUAGAUUGCCAUUGCCCAUGGAGUUUCUUACCAAAUACAUCAAUCACUCUCUCAGUACAUACAUAUAUAAUUUAAGGGAUGAUGGAUAUAAUAUGUGUAGUUUGUGUAGUAUGUGUGCUUCACUUGGUCAAUGGCAAUUAAAAGGCUCAGGAAUGAUAGCUGGUAAGGGUCAAUGGUUACAAUCCCAUAUGCCAAAAAGCAUUUAGCCAGGGUUUGCAAUUUCUGCCAAGGAGCCACAGAGCAUAUAAUUUCCUGUUGUCUAAAGUGAUUUCGAUACCAUUAAUGGGCCAAUGAUUUAACAUCACGAUAUUACAUCAAGGACAGGUCAAAAUGACUUGAGUCCCACAUAGAGAGAUAAUAGAAAUUUAUCUAAUUUGAGGUUUUCACUAAAGUGAAAAUUCAAAAUGAAUUAAAAAUUUAAGGUCAAACUGGAAACAUUCCCUAAGGCCGCUAUAUAUCCAGUUGAGCUACUUUGACUUUAAAUCUGAAAUUCACUUUUAAUUCUCCAUUUAGUGAAUAAACCCUAUACAGGUUUCAGUACUGGUUUCCUAAUGAUUAAAUAUUGAAACCAGUCUAACUUGCAUGUUUAUAUUCCACAGGUCUUUAUUGAUGUAUACUUUUGAAUACCAAUUAAUUCCAUAGUGCACAGGAUCUUCUGUUAAAAAAAUUUCUAUGUAGACCUAAAAACCUUCCUCCACUCCCAAUUCGUCUAUACAUUUCUAGUGCUUUGCUUGUCAGGUAUUCGAUACCGUUUUCAAAAUCAAAUUAUAUCAUUUUACCAUCGCAAUUGUUAAAAAUAUAUGGUGGAUUAUAUUCCGAGACUCAUGGUGUAGUAUAAAGAAUAAAGUAGUGCAGUGAACUUUCCAGUUGACUUACUCACUGUUCCAAGUGAUACAUUUAAAAAAAUUAAAAUAGAGCUGUAUUUUGUUUUUCUGUCUGGUGCUAUCAAUUUAACUACAAGAGUCAGGACAUCAUCAGUCAUUUCUUUACGCCUAAGUCAUUAUACCACCUUCUGUGUCAUUAACCUUUAAUCAUUAGCUUUUACUAUUCAUUGUUGCCUGGAAUCCAGUUCUGAAACUUGCAUUUAGCAAAUGUAUAUUUUCACAGAUAUAGCUAAAUUUAACAUGACAAAUCACUGCACUUUAUCUGCAAAUACUUUCUGAAACAUCUCAAAUAAAUUUAAUGCCUUUUUUCCUCUGCUGUUUCUAUUACAUUUAGGACAAAGAUACAAGUCAAGUUUUGAUUUCAUACACAUACAGUGAGGGAAAAAAGUAUUUGAUCCCCUGCUGAUUUUAAAUGUUUGCCCACUGACAAACAAAUGAUCAGUCUAUAAUUUUAAUGGUGGGUGUAUUUUAACAGUGAGAGACAGAAUAACAAAAAAAAAAAAAAAAUCCAGAAAAGCGCAUGUAAAAAAAGUUAUAAAUUGAUUUGCAAGUUAAUAAGUGAAAUAAGUAUUUGACUCCUUUGACUUAUUACUUGGUGGCAAAACCCUUGUUUGCAAUCACAGAGGUCAGAUGUUUCUUGUAGUUGGUCACCAGGAUUUUGUCCCACUCCUCUUUGCAGAUCCUCUCCAAGUCAUUAAGGUUUCGAGGCUGACGUUUGGCAACUCGAACCUCAGCUCCCUGCACAGAUUUACUAUGGGAUUAAGGUCUGGAGACUGGCUUUGGCCAUUUCAGGACUUUAGUGUGCUUCUUCUUGAGCAACUCCUUUGUUGUGUUGGCUGCGUGUUCUGGGUCAUUGUCAUGCUGGAAUACCCAUACACGACCCAUUUUUCAAUGACCUGGCUGAGGCAAGGAGCUUCUCACCCAAGAUUUGACGGUACAUGGCCCCAUCCAUCGUCCCUUUGAUGAGGUCCAGUUGUCCUGUCCCCUUAGCAGAAAAAUACCCCCAAAACAUAAUGUUUCCACCUCAAUGUUUGAGAGUGGGGAUAGUGUUCUUCGGGUCAUAGGCAGCAUUCCUUCUCCUCCAAACACGGCAAGAUAUGUUGAUGCCAAAUAGCUUGAUUUUGGUCUCAUCUGACACUUUCACUCAGUUCUCCUCUGAAUCAUUCAAAUAUUCACUGGCAAACUUCAGACGGGCCUGUACAUGUGCUUUCUUGUGCAGGGGGACCUUGCGGGUGCUGCAGGAUUUCAGUCCUUCACGGCGUAGUGUGUUACCAAUUGUUUUCUUGGUGACUAUGGUCCCAGCUGCAUUGAGAUCAUUAACAAGAUUCUCCCGUGUAGUUCUGGGCUGAUUCCUCACCAUUCUCAUAAUCAUUGAAACUCCACAAGGUGAUAUCUUGCAUGGAGCACCAGACCGAGGGAGACUGACAGUUAUUUUGCGUUUUUCUUUUAAUUGUGAAUAAUCGCACCAACUGUCACUUGGCGAUGGUCUUAAGCUCCUCUGGAUCUUAAAAGGGGAUCCGACACCCUUAUUCUGUUGCCUUGAGCUGAUGAAUAAUAUUAGCUGGCCGGGAUAAUCAGGAACUUAGAACCAAUGAGUAAAAUAAUAGUAAAAUAAAAUAAACAAAAUAUACAUAAAAAUAAAAAGUCCAAUUGGAAAUAAAAUAUGGCUAGUAGAAGUGAUAUCAAAGUGAUAUAAACAAAUGUAAGAUUUGUUUUAAAGGGAUACUCUAAGCACCAUAACAACUACAGCACAUUAUACCUGACAAAUGAAUGCUGUCCUGACUUAGAUCUCAAUUUCAUACUUUUGGAUAACCUUUUCAAAUGGUAGUUUAACGUGUACACAGUGGUUAUGGUCAAUGUGUGAAUCAUUGUCAUCAAAAUAAUAGUAUAAUUUAUUCAACUCAAUAGUAAAAUAAAAUAAACCAAAUAUACAUAAAUAUAAAAAGUCCAAUUGGAAAUAAAUUAUGGCUUUCUCCAAAACGUGUUUUGUUUCCUACUACACUGUGACAGUAUCUUGCUAUCUACCAACUGAGGAAGCCAAUAGGCGAAACACAUUUUGGAGAAAACCAUAAUUCAUUUCCAAUUGGACUUUUUAUCUUUAUUUUGUUUAUUUUAUUUUACUAUUGAGUUGAAUAAAUUAUACUAUUAUUUUACUCAUUGGUUCUAAGUUCCUGAUUAUGCCGGUCAGCUAAUAUUACUCACAGUGGCGUACACAUGACCCAUGGGGCCCCGGUGCGAAAAUUGAUCCGUGGGCCCCCCCCCCGCGCGGGCCGUGCCGCAACACAUGGCGGUGGGCACCUGGUCGCAGGGGUUACAGGGCUGCGACCCCUGCGACCGCGGUAUGUACGCCAGUGCAUGCAGAUGCACACACACCAAAGGGAUUGUUUAUGCACCUGCAGACCACUUCAGCUUAAUGAAGUGGUCUGGGUGCCUGGUCCAGCUAGGGUUAACCCAUUUUUUAAUAAACAUAGCAGUUUCAGAGAAACUGCUAUGUUUAUCAAUGGGUUAAGCCUUUCCCCUAUUCCCUCUAGUGGCUGUCUCAUUGACAGCCACUAGAGGCGCUUGCGUGCUUCUCACUGUGAUUUUCACAGUGAGAGCACGCCAGCGUCCAUAGGAAAGCAUUAUGAAUGCUUUCCUAUGUGACCGGCUGAAUGCGGGCGCAGCUCUUGCCGCUCGUGCGCAUUCAGCCGACGGGGAGGAGAAGAGGAGGAUAGGAGGAGGAGAGCUCCCCGCCCAGCGCUGGAAAAAGGUAAGUUUUAACCCCUUCCCCCUUCCAGAGCCGGGCGGAAGGUCCCUGAGGCGGGGGCCAGGGUACUAUAGUGCCAGGAAAACGAAGCAGCCUUUUCCUUCUGGUGCACUAUAGUGGUCCCAAAAUGGACCACUAGACACCCAGACCACAUCAGCUCAAUGAAGUUGUCUGGGUGUCAGGUCCCUCUAGUUUUAACCCUGCAGCUGAAAACAUAGCAGUUUCAGAGAAACUGCUAUGUUUCACUGAGGGUUAAUCCAGCCUCUAGUGGGUGUCUCACUGACAACCGCUACAGGAGCACACUGAACGUCCAUAGGAAAGCAUUGAGUAAUGCUUUCCCAUGGGCGGUUUGAAUGCGUGCGCGGUCGCAUUCGGAGCUGAGGGAUACCCAGCGCCAAGGGAGUCCGGCGCUGGAGAAAGGUAAGUGCUGAAGACACACACACUCUCACUUACAGACGCAUACACAUUAGCUAACAGACACACACAUUUACUGACAGAGAUACAGUCAGCGACAGACAUACAUACACACUCACUUACAAAACAUACACUCUUAUUGACAAACACACACUCACUAACAGACAUCAAACAGACUCACUAACACACACACUCAGUAAGACACACACAGUAACACACUAACACUCACUAGCAGACACACACACUAACACUCACACUAACACUGACACACACACUAACACUCACACACACACUAACACUCACUCUAACACUCACACACACUAACACUCACACUAACACUCACACAUGAUUUUUUUUUUUUUAUAUAUAUAAUCCCCCCAGCCUCCUUACCUUUUGGAGUGCUGGGGAGGAUUAUUCCCUGGGGUCCAGUGGGGCUCCUGGGCGGGUGGCCGGUCGGGCAGGCAGGCAGGCGGGCGCGCGAGGGAGCACUCAGUGCUUUCUCUUCAGCUCCCUCGCGUGCCGCGUAGGGAUGCCGGCGCCGGAAGAUGACGUCAUCUUCCGGCUCCGGUAUCAUUGCGGUGCGCGAGGGAGCUGAAGAGGAAGCACUGAGUGCUCCCUCGCGCGCCCGCCUGCCUGCCUGCCCGACCGGCCACCGGCCCGGUGUCAGCAGGGCCAGCCUCGGGGGGGCCCUGGGGUGGUCGGCUCCUGGGCCCCCAAGGGGAAGAGGCUGGCCCAGGGCGUACAUACCGGGUCGCAGGGGCGGCCGGGCCCCCUGGUGGGCCGGGCCCGGUCGCAGUCGCGACCCUGGUAUGUACGCCAGUGAUUACUCAUCAGCUCCAAGAAACAGAAUAAGGGUGUCGGAUCCCCUUUUAAGAUCCUGAGUUUUAUCUUAAUGGGUUUGUCCAGGCAGUCAGAAAAAUAUUGGCAAAAUCCAGACGGACUGAUAAUACCAUGCUCUUGCAUCUGGAAUGGACAUGUAUUUUGUGUUUAAUUCCCCUUACAAAGAAGCAUAUCCCUGGUCUCAUUAAGUUACUGACAUUUAAAAAAACAAACAGGUAAAACGCAAAAAUUAGAUGUUGAAAACAGAAUGUUCUCACAUUACGCUGCAGCCGAUUAACUACAUUUUGAUUUAUUUUUAGGUCAGCAUCUCCACCGUGGGUUAUGGAGACACAUACCCAGAAACCCAUCUUGGACGACUCUUUGCCUUUCUCUGUAUUGCUUUUGGAAUCAUUCUAAAUGGGAUGCCAAUCUCCAUCCUUUAUAACAAGUUCUCAGAUUAUUACAGCAAACUGAAAUCUUAUGAAUACACAACAAUUCGAAAAAAAAGAGGAAACGUUAAUUUUACUGGCAGAGCCAUGCAGAAGAUUUCAGAGUGUUACGGUGGAGUAUCAACACAGGAACUUCCUGGGCACAGACAUUAACGACAGUCUCCAGUAAAUUUGGGAGGGACUAGGGUAAAAUGAAUACCCGAGUAAUAUUCAAUAAGUAAUUGUACUGGAGUAACAAGAGCAUUAAUAAACAUGCCAUUCAAAAUGAUCUACAGCUAAUAAAGCCUAUUCAAUAAUGAACCCUCACAACGUCAUAGCCCCAAAUGUCAAACUUACUUGUUCACCCAAUGUAUAGCUGUAUGGAACAUGGUGGUGUUUAAUAAAUUAUAACAAUUCACAGUCUGUGCUGAUCCCUAUUUAUAACAAGCAGAUACUGCUGUUUAUACACCUAAUGUCUACAAGGCCUUCAUUUGUACUUAUGCAGAUUCAUGUCUAAAGCUGUAAAUCAGCUCGACAUAAAAUCAUUAGUUUGACAUACCAUGCCAUCCAAACCUCUAGAAGUCAACAAUAACACAUUAACCCCUUAAGGACACAUGACGAAAAUAUUCCUUCAUGAUUCCCUUUUAUUCCAGAAGUUGUGUCCUUAAGGGGUUAAAGGGAGACAGCCUCUUACUCUCCAGCUGCUGCAGACUAUCAAUUUCUGCUGACGAGAGUUUCCACAUUCUUAAAGGGAUAGACUCAGUGCUAAAACUACUUUAUACUAAUGUAGUGGUUUUGGUGUAUAGAUGCUGGCAAUUUAAAACAUUGCUGUUUCUGUGAAAGGGCAAUGUUUACAUUUGCCUGAAAACACACCUAUAGUGGCUGUCAGACAGACUCCCAUAGAACUUUAAAUUCUCAUAGAUAUUCAUUUUUCUCGUUUACAAGAAAAAAACAAAGAACACAAGGUUCUACGUCUCUGUGUACCCACCUGUAUGUACUCUCCCCAGAGUGGAAAAAGAAGGGGGGGAGAGAUUAACAGGUGCCACACAGGGACUAGUGUACCGAAACGAGACUCCAGGUAUCUCGAAGGGGCUUAACCCCAAAUAGACAAAGAAAAUAUAGGACAAUGAAAAAUGCAGUCUGUCUCAGAAUGUGUUUAAGAUUAGCUGCAUAGCCUGGAAAUAUAUAUAACGGUAUAGUGUGAUAUAAACCCUGGUUUACUAAUCUAUAGAAGCUGUUAGAGACCUAUAGUAAGAAAAUAAUAAAAAAUAAAUGAAGUAUAUACAAGUGAAACUGAAAUUCCAUGCCAAGUCGGGAUGUAAUUGAUAGGGAUAUCAAGGUAUAACCUAUACCAUAGCUACACCCUAAUUAUCAGCUUUAUUAUAAUUUGCUAUUGGGGUAGGAGUAUCCAAAAAAUUAAAUCCCAUGCAAUUAUCUAUCCUAGGAAAUGUCUAGUAUUAGAAUAAAUAUAACAUGGGCUCAGAGUCGAGCUAAAGUAGAUAGAUACGAGGAUAGAGGUAAUUGAUAGAUCAAAAACCAGUCAAAAAAAUAGACUGAUAGUUAAGAUUAAAUUGCAAAGCCUCUCUCCCUGUAAAUCUAACUAGACAGGCAUAGAACAGAAAUGGAGAUAGAUUAAAUACAGUGCAGAACCAUGGUGCUUCAUUCACCGUUGCCCAGUGUUCAUAUCAGUGAUAUGAGGAGAAAAAGGGCAUUUUUCUCUUCAUAUCACUGAUAUGAACACUGGGCACUGGUGAAUGUAGCACCAUGAUUCUGCACUGUAUUUAAUUGAAGUCCGGAGCGCAUUAUUUUUAAGUUUAAGUAUUUUUAUUUUAUUUUUUGGUUAACUUAUUCAUCAAUUCCUGUAUAUAGGACAUUAAAUGUGUACUUGCUGGGUAUUUCAAUUUUUAUGCUAUACACAUUUAGAUUUAAAGGGAGAUUUCCAUGGAUUACAUAGAAUAUGUAUUAACACAGCAUGCACAAAAAAAAAAAAAAACAUCCUCUAUUGCUGCUUUUGAAAGAGAUGGUAAUUGGCUUUCUCACUUUCACAAGGUUGGGAAAUGGGUAUUGAUCUAAUUUUUUUGUUGUUUUUUUAUUUAUUUAUUUUUAUUAUUAUUAUUAUUAUUUUUUUUUUGCUACAAUCUGACACAUGCAAGACAUUACAUUCAUAAUAUGAAUAGCAGUACACUAUAUACACAGGCCAGCUUUCUCAGAAAAAAGUAAACAUGUCAGAGUGUGGGUUUUUGGAAAAUUAGCUAGAAAACACUAAUAAUGAAAAACCCAGCAUUUACAUCUUAACGUAUGAAAUAAAAAAAUUCCGAGGUGUGAAUCUCGUGAAUAAAAAUAUAAGUAAUAUGAAAAUCUGUGAGUAUUGUCAACAGCGAAGGUAUAAUAUAUAGCUCUCACUAAACAUACAAAAGGUGUGAGGGAUAAGUGGGAGCUGAGGGGGAGGGAGAACAAAUACACAAAAGUAAGUCCUGAGCUCAAACUCCCACUACUCCUGGGCGGCAGCAAUGACCAUAGCACACAUCAGCCCCAAUACAUACAAAACAAGCAAAGAAAAAAAGAGUUACCUGUGCACUAGCCCAAGGGGAAGGAUAACAAAAGCCAAACUAUUUACCAGAUUUGGUUACAUCGUAGACCUGCAAAAAUAGCACCCAGGGCCACCGGAAAGGAUGAAAAAAUAAUGCGAAAUCAAGGAGAAGGAAAUACAACCAAAAAAGUUGAGGCACAGAUCAUUGGAAGAUUAAGUCCCAAUAUAAUCAGAGAUUCAGGUAAUUGCUGCCUCUGGAGCACAUCUCUCUGCUGGUAUAAAUGAAGGUAUUCGUGCAGGAUCCAAUGCGUGAGUGUUAGCACCCUUAGGUCUAGUAUUGUUGGUCGGAGAGUCUGGGCUGAGGCACCAGGACAUCAUCCAUCUCUGAUAAAUCCUAGACUCAAAGCUCCCAGUUAUUUUGUGGAAUAAUCCAUGAUCGUGGAGUACCCCAGCAUAUCUCAGAUCAAAGGAAAAUUAGGAUAGCAUAAGGGAACAAAGUAAUCUCCUCCAGAGCAAAAUGGAUCUAGAUAGAUCAGUGAGGAGAGUGAGAUUCAUUUUUAUGGAGUUUUGCCUCCGACAGCAUUUUGUCUUGACCAUUUUGGAAUUUUACAAGGAGGGUACUUAAGGUAGAAGUUGUGGCGACUUUAGGUUUUGGUAGAUGAAACAUACCAUCUAAUUGUAUUCCCUUGCUUGCUUGGGGUACCCUUAGAGGUUAUGGUCUCCUCAACACAGAUACAUCUUAAUCUUAAUUAAAUUACUUUCCUAGAAUUUUAGAUGUCUGUGGAUAUUUUCUGGUGUAGAUCUGCUGGUGGGUUUUUAAGAAUGCCAGUUGUCAUUGGGGAGUCCCCAUGGUUGGUUAGGUUUAGCACAGUGCCUCAGAGAAUCUAUUAUUGUCUUAAUAAAUCUGACCACUGGGUAUUCAUUUUUCAUUCUUAAUUUAAUAGUUAACAUAAGGAGCAGUGUUUUAAUUGUCUUGUGUUUUGUAUUAAUUUGGCACAUUUCAUUAAGACUGUAAAGAACACAAAUUUCCAUCACAAUGGACAAAGAAACACUACAAGCAAAGGCAAUUAAAACAGCAGUGGGGCCUACUUUGAGUUAAAGUAAAGAAAGGAUUAGUAAGUAAUUAAAACCUACUGGCAGUAUUUGGUGUGGAAAGUUAUAAAUAUUUACCCUUCUGUUCUUCCCAGGACAUCCAAACUUUGUGAUAUGAGGCCAUAGUUAUCACCAAUUCUGAUUAACAUAAGAUGCACAGUAGUUGUCAUAACCAUAGGCAAGUUAUUUUACUGAAUACAAAGUGAGCUUUGAUAGGUAGCAGGUGAUAGGUAGCCCCUCCGCAGGCUUCAAGGGCAAGAUGAUACUUGGUUCUAAAUUGAAUGGCCUGAAAAAGAUGAGUUUUUGUUUUUUUGUCAAUCAAAAUUUUAUUUUGAGGCACAGAGUGGUAAAAACACAGUAUACAGUGGUGACAGGAAUACAAUUGGAGAUAGGUAGCAUCUGCAGAGCUGCAUCCAGAUCCCAAUGUAUUGCAAAGUCUAACUGCAGGGUAUCACUGCUCUAAUUGUUACUGUGCUCGAUAGUUGCUCCAAGAUGGGCCUUUCCCAGUGCUGUAGUUCCAGUCGGUCCUGGCCAGGAACUGCUUCCCUGUCCCUUUGCUCAAUCUUAUGUGUUGGAUUCUGAGGUAUGUGGGCAGUCAGGACAUCCGGUGCUAUGGUUCGCAUGUAAGCAGACAACUUCUCACAGAAGGAAUCAAAGAGCCUGUUUAACUUGCUCACCACAUCUAACUCUUCACAGCAAGAGUCUGAAGAGCAUGUGGCACCCGCCAUUAUGUAUGCCACAUGGUAUCAGCUUUUCAUUAUUGCCACGCGCUGUCAGCAUAGCAAAGGAGCUUCCAGAGUGUAGACCAGGAUCACCCCCAACCAUUCAAAGGGAGGGGGGGAAACAGGGCACCAACUGACGCUUAAUGCAGCUCGACUUGCUCCAGGCGGAAAAUAGUGCGCCUCUCCCCAUCUUGGCACCAGGCUGCAGGAAACUCAGAGUAGUUGCCAGGAAUGUGUCCACAUUAGUUAAGUUACGGUCACUUCGACUGGGUCAGAACAAGGCUAGAGGUGCCCAGCUAUCAAUUUGAAGCAGUGAUGGGUCAAAUAAUCGCUUAAAAAAAUUAUGAUUAUUAAUGCAAAUGCCCGGAGCUCUUUCAGGACAUGUCUAGCUUUGCUAAAAUUGCACUGCUCUUUGACAGGUCCACUACAUGUAGGGCAAUGUUCCAUUUGCUCUGAAUAAUAUCCAGCACAUUUCUGAGGGUGUGGUUGCUAUGUUAAAUCAAAGCAUCUAUAAACAGCAUUGUGGCUUGGCUACUUAAUCAAAAAUUAGGAAAGGGAGAAAAAAAGGGGAUAUUUUUCCCGCCAGUUGUCGUGAAUAGAAAUGAUAAACAACAUUAUAGUAAUUAGAUUACAGCAGCUUUGUCUUUGUCUUUCUGGUUGCAUGUUAAUGACUGUUCUAGAGUGAAGCCCUACCUUUUGCUCAUAGUUGCCUCCCGGCUAUCUGGGCCAAGACCAUAUUCCCCCACUCACUCCCCCAAUAUUUCUACCUCCUGAUGAUUUGGGACCACCAUCUCUUGCUCCCCGAGCCAACCCCACACCCCCAGUUGUAUCUCUUGCCUCCCCUCUGUAAGUUAACAAGUGCUAGAAGUCUUCCCUGUAGGCUGAACUCAGCAACUAUGUCUAAAUUAUAGCAUAACUCUGUGACCUGCCUCGUGCUGUGAAAUUCUUCCAGCUGUAGGCUCAGUUGUUGUGGUAUGUGGGUUAUAAACCUUUUCAAAUGCUCAUAAGCAUAAGUUUCUGCAUGAAUAUAGCAGGGCACCAUCUGGGAUGUUCUGCGGCAGCUUGAUAUUGCCAUCUUUCACUAUGCGUCUAUUUUGCAAGUCAGAAUAGGCGAGAAGGCCCGCAUAAACCCUAAUCUCCAGUCCCGGUCGUAAGUCUACAUUGAAGGACAGAAGAUAAAUGGGGGAAUGGGAAAGAGGACAUCCCAUCCGGGUGCUAAUAUGUCCCAAAUAUAGAGAGUGGAGUGAACAAAGAGUUGCUGAGCUGCCAAUUUCCUACCAGCUGUAGGAGUCAAUCUCACAUUCCAUCUCCCAACAUCACUCUGCGGCACACAAGGGAUCACAGAGAAGGUAGAGCUCACAAAUCAGCACUCCCUCACCGCCCGCCUGGAGCUCUACUGACCUCCCACAUGCCUGCAUGCCUGCCUGCAUGCCUACCUGCACGCCUGCCCAAACAGCCCGGCCAGCAGCCCCACUGGACCCCAGGUAAACCCCCAGUGUGUGUGUGUCUGUGUCAUUGUGUGUGUAUGUCAGUGAGUGUGUGCGUGUCUGUCAUUGAUUGUGUGUGUUUUUCAGUGUGUGUCUGUGAGUGAGUCAAUGAUUGUGUGUGUCUGUCAGAUUAUGUCAAAUCAGUGACUGUGUAUGUCAGUGUAUCUGAGAGUGUGUUUCUGUCAAAGUGUGUGUUAGUCUUUAACAGGAAGAGGUGUGGCCUUGACAGGAAGGGGUGGGGCAUAUGUAAAUUAGGGGAGUCCGAGUUUCGUCAUGCCUAGGGCACAGAUCCAAAAUACAUCACUGCAUAUAAGUUGUUUAUUUUUUUUGUAGUGAGCCGACCUGGGGAAUUCUGAAUGCUCUCUGUUAUUUUCAUACAAGAAACACAAACUUUUAGAACCAUUCCAGUUCUUACAGAACCAGCAAUAUGCGUUAACACUUGCACACUUGGAGGUAAUAUGUUUAUGUACUGUACAUGAUGAACACUGAAAACAAUGUUUUUGUCAUCAUCCCUAACUUCCUUUGCACAUUUCAAUCCUUCCCCACCCUGCUUUCUAAGAUCGGAUGGCCUAAAAUUAAAUACAUUUUCACCACCUUUUUGUGGCAGGAAAACAUUUAAGAAUUGCUUUAAUAAAACAACUGACUUCUAAUUCGGGACAUAAUCUCUUAAAUUUAGUUUAGCAGAUGAUUUACAGUUUUACAACCUUGGAACAACAGUCCUCCCCACCCCCCACUGAUGUUGACCUUUUUAUACAGGGUGGGACAAAAUUUAGAGUAGGAUUUGAAAGGUAAAUAACUAGUAUGUUAGUAGUUAAUUUUUUGUGUCAGGUACAUAUUAUAACUUGGAAAAUCCAUCAUGGGUAAUUUCACAGAGUACUAAUGAGUAAAAACACUGGAAUUUAAUUUUCAAAAUUGCAGGUCCAUUAUUUUGACGCAAAUUCUCAGAUUAAUUGGCAGCCACGUUUUUACUUCUUGUGGUGAUAUCCGAAGAAGCGGAUGUAUGUGAACAAACUACGUAAACUUGAGCAGCUAAAGGAGAAUAUCCGUGCAGAAAUUCAAGCACUAGAGCCCCAAAUAUUAUGACCAUAUUAUGAACAAUGCAAUCGAAAGAGUUGGCAACUACACUUUCCUGACAUAUAGCAAAAUGAACCUAAAAUGUUUUCAACACACUUAAUAUGUAGAUCACCUAUUUUAAGGUUUUCUAAGUACAGUGCUUACACAUAAUUUAUAAAUAAAUCUGUUAAUGGGUUUGCUAGUACACCACUAAGCUCCUUUAAUAAUUUUGGGUGUAUUCCAUCAGGCCCCAUUGACUUACCUGUCUUUACUUUUGACAGUUGAAAUAGAACCUCUUCCUCUGUAAAGAACAGUUGAAAGAGCCUCUUCCUCACAUGUAUCAAAUUAUUCAUUUGUCCUUUUUCCUAACUGAGGUCCCUUUCCUCCAUUUUCAUCUGUAAAUGCUGAACAAAAAUAUUAAUUGAGGCAGUCAGCAAAACCUUUAUCCUCUUCUACAUACUUUCCUUCUUUUGUUUUAAAACUAUCUAAUCCAAGUUUUACAUUCCUUAGAUUAAAAAUAAAAGGACAGGAGAAUACAGGACGUGAUCUCACUUCCCAUCCUCCUGCACUGCCUCUUCCGCUCUCUUACUGCACUGCACUGAGGAAACCUGGCAAGCAGAGAAGGAUCGCCAGCAGGUCUUACUCAGAGGGUGGGAGGAAAUAUGGGAGUGAGAUCACUUCCUGUAUUCUCCUUUGGUUUUUAAUCUAACUAAGAAAAGUAAAACAAGGAUUAGUUAGAUUUAAAAUCAAUAUUGUGGUACUGUGAAAUAGCGGUGGGCUUAACACAAUAAGCCCACACAAUGGACCUGAAUCCCCAUAUUUAUUUGCGGAGAUAGGUGAUUUAAAGUAGACUUACAGAAUAUAGAAAUGUAUUUUAUGAGGGCGCUGUAACUUAUUCUGUAUUAUAUCACUACGGCAGCACCAUUUUAUAUAUGAGCAUAACUUUGUGUUCCAUGAUGGACAUAGCUUUGAUCUCUACAGUGGGAAUUGUUCAAAAACCAGCUCAUUACCAUCUGUACAAUUUACUUCUGCCGUAAUGGAGCUCUGCGUGUCUCUUUUCCCCUAUUUGGAGAUCUGUGCAUCUCGACCUGUUUAAAGAUUUAAUCAUCAUCACAGGUACCUGCUUGUGUACAACACACUUUUUCUCAUGGCAGAUUUUACAUUUGAAAAUUCUUGUAAUAAACAGAAAUUUACACACAAAAAAUACCCCUCCAACCAGUAGCCCACAGCGCUGAUGGCUACCAACGGGAAACCCAGGGUUGUAACUUUUAGAACUGAGUUGUGGCAUUUUCUCCAUCUGUAUGCUGGGUUUUCUGGAUAUCAUCUUAAAUUCUUAUUUAUUUUUACAAGGCUGUAUAUGGUUAUUUAGUGUUAUGUGGGUUUUCCCUCUGUUGAGAUAUAGCUCAUUGUAUUUUGUACCAUGAGUAAUUUAGUUAUUUUUAUUCAUUUAUGCCUUGUCACUCCACUAUAAAUGUUGCUUUAAAUACCUGACAAAUCUUACUCGUAUCCGUCACUAUUUAAGGUUCUGUCACUGUUUUGAAUCAAGUAUUCAAAUCUACGUAUUGUAAUAUUUGACUAAUGAAAACACUUAUAAAAAAUGUUUGCAACUCAUAUUUACGUUUUAUUACUACUGAAAAAUAUAUUACAGACCUCAUUUUACAAUAGGAAGUCAGAUCUGCUAGCUAAUGCUAUGAACAUAAUCAACCCAUGGCUGCCAUAAUGAAAUCUCUCUGCUAUCAAUCUGGAUACUCCACUUCCUGGUGUCUUAAUCUACGUAAAUGGAAGGAACACAUAAGGCUUCUCAAAAUAAUUUCCUGCACUUCACGUGAAUGUUUGAAUGGUACGUGUGCAUUGCUGUGUAGUAACUGACUAUGUUAUGCUUCUUAGACAACAUUCUACAUAGAACUCAAUGAGUGCUGUAUUUUCUUUUAGUUAUUUUUGAAUUAUUAAGGUUUUACAAUCAAAUGUUAAUCAAUGUUAAUUAGUCAUUUCAGCAAAAAUGCAUAAAAAAAAACCACCCAAAAACAAAUGUAUUCACUUUAACAGUAUUCGCCAUGCUAUGUGAUGUAGCCAAGGUUGAUCAAUUUGUACAUUUGCAAGCACUUUGUGUUUGCUUUCCUAACAACACAUUCAUAGGCGUGCGCAGCCUAUUGCAUUAGGGUGUGCACUCUAUAGCACAAAUACACGCCAUGUGUAUAUGUAUGUGUAUGUGUAUGUAUAUGUAUAUAUAUAUAUAUAUAUAUAUAUAUACACAUACACACAUAUAUAUAUAUAUAUAUAUAUAUAUAUAUAUACACACACACAUACAUACACUGCUGUGUGUGUGUGUGUGUGCUGUUAGUGUGCUGUGUGUGUAAGGGUGCUGUGUGUGAGGGUGCUGUUAGUGUGCUAUGUGUGAGUGUGCUGGUAGUGUGCUGUGUGUGUGACGGUGUUUGUGUGUGUGUUUGUUCUGGUCCUGUUAGUGUGCUGUGUGAGAGUGCUGUUUGUGUGAUGUGUGUGUGUGAGGGUGCUGUGUGUGUUUGUCAGGGUGCUGUUAGGAUGCUGUUUGUGUGUGAGUGUGCUGUUUGUAAGCUGUGUGUGUGAGAGUGCUGUGUGUAUGUGUUUGUGAGGUAGCUGUUAGUGUGCUGUGUGUGAGGGUGUUGUGUGAGAAGGUGCUGUGUGUUUGUAAGGGUGCUGUGUGUGUUUGUGAGGGUGCUGUUAGGGUACUGUGUGUGUAAGGGUGCUGUGUGUGUGUAGGUGCUGUUUGUUUGUGGGGGUGGGUGUGGGGGCAGAUUAGUUAAUCGUCCAGCUCCCUGGGUCCUCUCCUGCCUCCCUCCAUGCUGCUGUGGGCCGGUGAGGUAGAUCUUUGAUCUCCAUACCGGCCCAUGGAGGCUUAGAGCAGAGCCGACUCUCGAAUAGCGCCGGCUCUGCAUGAACCGACGGGAGAUCCUGAGAUCUCCCCUGCCAGUCUCUAUCCAUAGACGUGCCACGGGGAUUAGGGUGUGCCCAGGCAAACCCGGUACCCCCUGUGCGCACGCCUAUGAACACAUUGUUAAUAAAUUGCAGUAGUUUAGAAACUCUAACAAUCUUAUUUUUUCUGGAGGGUGUGUUGCAAACCAAGAAAUAUGGAAAAUAAUUGUGUCCCUUUUUUUCUAUAAUAGAUUUCAGCAAGGGCCUUUCCCCCCUCAUCUAGUCAUGUCAAAAAUGGGGAUGGUUUUAAAAAUCGGCCCUGUUUUAGCAGGUUUUGCACAUGGCUAGUGUCCUCUAAGAUGGAAUUUCAGGAAAUUCCAUAUAGAUCUGCCAUUCGGGUGAGUGGAGGCAUGCUGUUGGCCUCUAUAUUCAGGUGUGGGGUUACAAUGUCCACAGAAGAGAGAAGCAAGAAGCCAUUUUGGAAGAAACACAGAGAGAGCUGAGCAACACCAGUUCCUGGCCCCUGCCAAAUAAAAGACUAUAAUAUUAUCUUUUUCUCUACCCAAUACCCCUCGUGACUGCCUGAGGGUUCGAUUGAGCACCUAUUAUUUUCCUUUAUUAUAUUGUACUUUAACCCCUUACUAUUACAGUGAUGGCUAUAAUUCCAUUAUGUGACUAAUGUACCAGUUAGUGUUUCCCUGUUCAAACCCGGGAGACCCAAGUAUCCUCUGAAUCCUGGGACUCCUAUAGAUGAGCUUUGUACAGUGAUCACAGAGUGUGCUGCAUAGUCUUCAACCACAACCCAAUGAUGUUACCAUGAUGUCAGUGAGUAUGCUACCAGUGAAAGAGAGACACACGCAUUUCAAAGUACCCUAAUCGGGUCUCACCACACGUCCCCUCCUUCCAGUUUGAUCAUCUGAUCAUACAAUGCGAUCAGCACCGGAUGUACUGCAGCCCUGCUUUAAUCAGUGUGUGUCUUCAUGAAAAACUCUUGAAUAAUAUAAAAGUAAGUUGAGUUUUUUUGUUACUAUAGAUAAGGAUUAGACAACCAUGACACACAAGAUGUGGACCUGAUGCUUUGUCAGCAUUAUAGCUGCAAGGGCAUUAUGGGAGAUGUAGUGCACAGCAUCUGUAAUGCUGUAGAUUGCCUACCCCUGCUGUAGACAACCUAUUCUGUGCAACCACUAGGCCUCACACAUGAGCUCAUUUUGUGCGUGUCUUACCAUUUUCUUUACCAGAAAUAACAUUGCAUAAACUGGUUUUUAAUCCAAGCAAGCAGAGCAGGAAGUGGAAACAGAGAAAAUAAAGCCUUAUAACCACACAUACAUUAGGUCACUAAUAUUUAUAAGAAUGCAGAAAGUUAUAAUGAAGGUACAGUAUUUGCCAAAAGAUAACGUGACUGGAUUUUUUCAUGUGUUACGUUGCUCAAUUUCAGCAGCCAUUAGGCAAGGUCUGUUUAGAAGAUACUAUUAUAUGUAUUAUAAUUGGUGCAUUCACUUUUAUUAACACACAUGAAUGUACUGUAUACAAAGACAUAUUAAUAGAACAGAAGACAGAUCUAAAUGGGAGUUUACAUCAGACUAGUCUAGCUGUUCAUUCUAUGUUGAUUCAUAAUUAAUUAGAAUAUAAAAUAUCUUUAUAAGGAGCAACAAGGGAAAUGAGAACAAGAUUUAAGUAAUACUAAGUAUUUUUGUUCUCACCCUCGCUGUGCUGUUUUGUCUGAUUUAAGAACUCUGUGUGGGUGGACAGCGGCAGUAUCACAAGAUGUGUGUCCCUUAAUUCAAAGUUUUGCCAUAUGUAAGGAAAAGACUCUUCACUGAAUCAAACUCUUCUAAUCAUCCGUUUGGAAACAUGGAGAUGCUUUGAAGCACUGUUUCUGCAUUGAUAUAUGCAUCAGCACAUCUUUGUGCUGGACGUUGUUCCUAAAGGUACAAUAAAAACCCACAUAUAGAUUUAUCAUUGUGUGUCAACAAUUCUGUAAGGUGAGCCUCAUGUUUUAUGUUCACUAAUAGUUUGAAAAAAAAUCCUUAGAAAGACACAUAGUGUGUUUAUAUAUUAACCAAUUAUGUAUCCUAACCAUUACCCAUUAUAGUUUCUGUUUUUACCCAUUAUAGUUUCCUUUUGUACUUACGUUAAAUGUUUCAGCUUUUGAGGCUGUUUGUCUAAUGCUCAAACCACACAAAGGUUAAUGUGUACUACAAGCAUGAAUGCCACACAGUGUCUUUUAAUCAGAAAAAAAAAAUAUUUUUUGGUGGUCAUAUUUUGUUUCGGAAAAAAAAAAUUGCAAUGUAUCACUUUAUCAUGUUGCUUAUCUAUCUGAAAUUUAAAUAUGUAUAAUGUGUGACCACACUCUAAUGCAGAUAUAUUUGGGCUCCCUCUUUCCUAUUUAGGUUCCUAACAGCACUUUUGUUAUCUGGUUAAAGAAAAACAAAAAUUUAGGAAAAUGUAUUCUCUUUAUUUGUAUCUGUUAUCAUUAGAACAGAGAUUGGUGCUUUAUGCUUUAUUUCUUUAAGUUAGUUUUCUGAGCUAAUGCUUGAAUGGUAAUUUAAAAUAAUUUGCUAAAUAUAAAAUUUUUAUAAAAAAAACAAACAAAAACACUUUCUUCGAGGUGUGCACCCUAAUGGAAUGGGACAGAUUACAUUGAAUGAGAUAGUGUGACUGUGUGACUGUGAUUCAUGUUGUAUCUGUCAGUAGGUGAACUUGCGCCAUUAGUUUUUCCAUAAAUGUUUUUUAAAUAAAUGUAUUGGGAGUUAAAUAAUUUCAUCUCAGGGUUCUGAGGAUAAAAAUAGCCCAGUUGACUGUCUGUUUCUACCAAUAAAUAUUUUUUUUCCACUUAACCAUUACUUUUUUUAAAAUUAUUUAUUUUUCACCCGGUAAGUACAGCAGUUUAUGUUUCACAAAUUGGCAUGCGCAGAAGCCGUCGUAACUCAUCACUUAUCAAAAGACCUCCUACUUUGCCACCAUGAUCUAAUAUUACCAACUUGGUUUUGGCUGAGUAAUAUUCGUUGCUGUUCACCAGGUGUUUUUUAAAUUUUUAGUCAGGCACCAAGUAACACGCUGAUAACCUUAAAUCAAAAACGUUUCAUCAGUAGAACUCUAUGGACUCAGCCUUCCAGUUUGAUCACAUCCGGCUGGAAUAUAGGCUAUUCCCUCAUAAAACAAGGGAUAGAAAGGAAGGAUAGAAAAAGAAAAGAGAAGAAGAUAAUAGGCAUGUGCAUGGGAAAAUUUUACGGUUUGGCUCGGCAUUCCGAAAUUCGGGACUUCAGUAACUUUGGCACUUCGACACUUCAGCACUUUGGAACUUCGGCAUUUCUGAACUUCUCUUGCAGCCGCUUGGUAGAUAACUCCCUAAUUCCCAUGGUAUUAGGGAGUUAUCUACCAAAAGGCUGAAAGACCUAAAUAGGUCUUUCAGAUGAAUUUACUAAUACUAAGUAAAGAUUACUUAGUAUUAGUAAAUUAUGCCCCUACUCGCUAUACCGCGAGUAGGGUCAUGUCUAGUAAACUGUAAGCAGCCUGUGGCUGCUCACUGUUAAAAAAAUUUUUUUUUUUUAAAAAAGGGUCCCCCCCUCCCGAGCGGUGGGUGGGGGCCCUAAAUACUAAUUGGGGGGUACAUAAUGUCCACCCCCCUGGCCCCCACCCCUGAGCAGUGAGUGGGGGCCCUAAAUACUAAUUAGGGGGGACCUAAUGUCCUCCCCCCGGCCCCCACCCCUGAGCGGUGGGUGGGGGCCCUAAAUACUAAUUAGGGGGGGACCUUAUGUCCUCCCCCCUGGCCCCCAAACCCCUAGUCACCUCCCUCCCCAAAAAAAUUAACCCCUACCUACCCGCCUCACCCUAAAAAUAAUGAGGGGGGACCAUUUAACUAAGUACCUGUAAAAAAAAAAAAAAAAAAAAAUUACCAUUUGAUGUUUUCUUUCUUCUAAAAUCUUCUUUUUUCAGCCCCAAAAAAGGCCAAAUAAAAAGCCAUAAUAACCGACGCACUUAAAAAAAAAAAAAAACGAACUCAAAAAAAAAAAAAUCCAUCUUCAACCAUGGAGGGCUCCGCGCAGACUGAGCUCUGCAGGGUGCCUUGCCCCGCCCUGCAAUUAGUCUCAGAGCACUCUGAUUGGUGGGUUUAAGCCAUCCAAUCAGAGUGCUCUGACAGGUAAAUGAAGACACUGACAGGUAAGUCUUUUACCUGUCACAGCACUCUGAUUGGUUGUCUUGAAAUCCACCAAUCAGAAUGCUCUGUGUCAUUUUACACAGCGUGGGAAAGUUCUUUGUAAUGUUCCCACGCUGUGUAAUUUGACUCAUAACUGAUUGGUUACGUUCAAUCCACCAGAGGGGAGGACAUUUAAAUUUAGGGCCCCCACCCACCGCUCAGGGGUGGGGGCAAGAGGGGAGGACAUUAGGUUCCCCCACCUCAUUCUAAUUUAGGGCCCCCACCCACCGCUCAGGUGUGGGGGUCAGGAGGGAGGACAUUAGGUCCCCCCCCCUAAUUGGUAUUUAGGGCCCUCACCCACCACUCAGGGGUGGGGGCCUGGGGGGAGGACAUUAGAUACCACCCCUUAUUCUGAUUUAGGGCCCCCACCCGCUGCUCAGGGGUGGGGGUCAGGGGGGAGGACAAUAGGUCCCCCCCUUAUUUUACUUUAGGGCCCCCACCCGCCGUUCAGGGGUGGGGUCCGGGGGGGGGGCAAUAGGUCCCCCCUUCAGGUUAGGAGGAGAGAUGUGUUUUUUUGUUUUGUUUUUGUUUCACAGUGAGCAGCCACAGGCACUGUUUAAUAGACAUGCCCCUACUCGCGGUAUAGUGAGUAGGGGCAUAAUUUACUAAUACUAAGUAAUUUACUUAGUAUUAAUAAAUUUGUCUGAAAGACUAAUUUAGGUCUUUCAGCCUUUUAGUAGAUAGCUCCCUAAUACCGUGGGAAUUAGGGAGUUAUCUACUUAUUCAUUCCUGUCAGUACAUUUACAGGCCAAGUAACUUACAUUUUAUAUGAAUGUGUGUUACUUGAUUGUUGUAAGUGUUGCAAAUGCUUACAGCUGAAUCCUGGCUACGUUUGUAUACUUUUUAUUUAAAAUUGUAUACAGUGUAACAUUCUUCGUCUUCCACUGGGUAAGUAUAUUAGUACUUAGGCAAUUCUGCACUUCGGAAAUUCGGUAAUUUCGGCUAUUCGGACAUUUGGAAGUACCCGAAUGUCCAAAUUCCCCAAAAUUCAUCUGAAUUCAUAUUCGGCCCGAAACGAAUUGCACAUGUCUAGAAGAGAAAGAAAAGGGUGAGGAAAGAAGGAGAAGGGAAGGAGGGGGUUGUACCUUGAGCGAGCCCUAUAUUUACCGCUCACCGGCUGGUCCCAAGGCCCAACAGGUGCCUUCGUUAUUUCCAUAAGAGUAUCCCACUCUCAACUAAAAAAAAAAGGCUCUCAUGUUCCUGCCGUGCCCACUAUGCUAUUGUCCCAUGGCUCCCAAACUUUUUCAAAAGCUGCUGUAUUCCCCUGCACUCUGGCCGUCAGGUCGUCCAUUAAUUUGCUUUCUCUAAUCCUAGAGAUCACUCCCGAGAAACCUGGGCCCUCCGGUCGCAGCCAUUCGGCUGCGAUUGCUCAUCUUGCGCUUAAAGUGAUUGUAUGCACCAAUUUUUGUUCUCUCCUGGUCCAUCCCUCUAUUGAUCUGUUUAGGAGGUAAACCCAUGGGUCUAGGACCAAGGGCCUGUUAAAAACCUGUUCCAUUAGAUUCUCUACUGACUUCCAAAAGCCGAGUAUAGUCGGGCAUUCCCACUACAUAUGUAUAUAUGUUCUUCUAGCACUGCAUCCCCUCCAGCAAUUAUCCAAAUCUGUUUUUCGCAUCCUGAACAACUUCACGGGUGUAGUAUACCACCUGAACAUGGUCUUCCACAUCUGCUCCUGAAGUGUUACACAAAUUGAAGCUUUUUUAUUCGCUUCGCAUAUCUCUUGCCAUUCAAUGCCUUCCAGUACCUCUCCAAGGUCUGCUUCCCACUGAUCCGUGUAAUACAACUGACCCCAGUCUUUAGUCUUGUCACAGAGGUGGGAGUACAGUGUUGUUAUUAGUCCCUGGGGUGCCGGACCCGCCGAGCACAGCCGUUCAUAAAAGGUAUGUGGUCCCCGGGCCGCUGCUUUGAUGUUUGGUCGUCUAGUAAAGUCUUGAAGCUGGAUAUAUCGGAAGAAAUCGGCUGGCGUCAAGUGUUGUUCCCGUUGAAGCUCCCCGAAGCUCACGACUGUUCCGCUCCGGUAUAAGUGGCAAAUCCUCUGCAGGCCAGUUCUCUCAAUGUUACGAAAAUCCCUUGGAACCAUUCCGGUGGGGGAAUUCCAGGUUUCGAUACAGCGGAGUCAAGGGGUGGGGGUGUCGAGGCCAGCCCGUACUUCACAUUGGUAGCAUCCUAGAUUCGAAUGGAGUUGAGAAUCAACGGGCAGGUCACCCGUAUCUUGGGUCUGUGUUCUCUAGGUACCCACAUUACGAACUGGGGGAUAUCCGAGCCCACCAUCAGGGACUCCACCUCGACCCAUCUCCUCUCCUCUGGCGGUGGAGAUGCGGAGUGGGUUGGGGAACGGUAACACAUAUAUGGUGGGAAUGCACACUGCUCCCCCUUUGCUCAUGGUUUUCGGGUCCACUUGGGGCUGUCCGGAAAGUACAAAUAGUUCUUUAGGUGACCAGCUCUGUCUGGCGUGAUAGCCCAUCUGCGUUCCCGUUGUGUUUUCCAGGUCUGUAAUGGAUAGUGAAGUCAUACGGUUGCAGGGCUAGACAACCCAGUUGAGCCAGACUAAGGGGUUAUGGUCAGUAAUGAGGGUGAAGGCGCGGCCAUACAGAUACGGGUUUAACUUCUUCAAUGCCCAUACCAAGGUUAAGCACUCUUUCUCAAUGGCCGGGUAACUGACCUCCCGGGGUAGUAGUUUCCGACUAUCCAGUGGCCCAGAUACUGUACCUCCGCCAUACUAAUGUGACAUUCAUCUGGUUUCAAGGUUGGCCGGCUCCCCGAAUCCUAUCUAAGACUAUCCCUAUAUGCUCUAAGUGAACCUCCCAAGUGCCACUGUAGAUAGCAAUGUCAUCCAGGUAUGCACAAGCAUAAUCUUGGAGACCAUCUAGAAGGCGAUCCACCAUCCAUUGGAAGGUGGCUGGACCAUUCUUCAUUCCGAACGGCAUAACCCGGAACUGGUAUAGGUCGAACGGAGUGACGAAUGCCUCCUUGGCUAGGGGAAUCUGCCAAUAUCCCUUGCAGAGGUCGAUAAUGGUCAGAUAACGUCCCCUAGUGAUACGGUCCAACAAUUCGUCUACCCUGGACAUAGGGUAGGCAUCGCUGACUGUCUUGUUGUUGAGCCGCCUGUAGUCCACGCAAAAAUGGGUCGUGCCAUCCCGUUUUGGUACCAGGACUACAGGUGAGGCCCAAGGACUCUCAGAGUGCUCAAUGACCCCUAUGCAGAGCAUUUCAGCAAUCUCUUUUCGCAUGCCUUCUCAGACUGCCUCGGGGAUACGGUAUGGGGGCUGUCUCAAGGAGGCCUGACCUGGGGUGUGAGUAUCUAGGGUGGGGUAUACUGGAUCCUGUGAGAGAGUUGCCUGUUUGGCAACCAACAAGUGGAUCGCUUGAGGCUGUUCCUGCGCUCCUAUUCAUUCCCCUAGCUGGACCAACUCUAUGGCCCCCUCACUGGGGUCACCUCCUAGCAGGUCAGGUAAGGGUAGGGUGUCAGGGUCCUCAGUGGCUGGGGCACAUACUGCUAUUACCUCUUCCUCCCUGCCUUUGUACACCUUGAGCAUGUUUAUGUGAAGCGUUCAUUUCACCAGCUCAUUCUC